CCUCAGAGGCUGAGUCAUGCAGGUGCUUAAAUUAAUGACAUUCAGUGAGAGAAACACCAUUUGCCAUAUCCAUCAUGGAAGAAGAUAAAGGCUUGCCCGCGAGGCCGUGGGACACUUUUCAAGAGGUCCCCGUCAUCGAAGAUGAGCAAACACCCUGGAAACUGAUCAAACUACUAAAGAUCGUCUCUCUGAGUCUAGUUGCACUGAUUGUGUUUGGAUUGGCUCUAUGUAGCAAGACGUCUUUCCUCCUCCUCAUCACCAUGUCCAAUGAAGGCACAAAGACCAUCCCAGAUGACCAGAAACCUGUCAUUCUGUUGUGUAUCGGCUGCUCUCUCAUUGCCUCCAGUGUCUUUCUAUUUCUCAAAAGCAUCUGGAAGGCAUGUUACAAAACAUCAAAGCUGCCAAGAAAAGCAACUAUUGCCCUGGUUCUGUUCUUUGAGUUUCUGGUGUCUGUGGGAGCAGCAAUUCUCACCAUUGUGGCGAUGCCACACUUGGACAUCGUGACCAACGUGACAAUACUGAACGGUGUAGCGGUCCUCUCUACACUCCUACAGGUGAUCGCUCAGUGCACUGCCAAGGAAAGGAACCGCUUCCUGCUGCCAUCCAUCACAGCCUUCAUCCUCAUUUUGCUCGGUUACGCCCUGUUCCUUGCCUUAUACAUCAUGAAGGAUCCUACUGAUAUCAAGAUGGCCAUUUGGGUGGGUCUGGCUGUUGGUGGGUCCUUCCUGGUGUCUUUCAACUGGUGGGAGACCUACUUCAGACUGAUUGGUGAUAACAGCAGCUCAGUCUUCCUCAAGAGCUUGUGUAAAGACAUGACUAAGUGCCAGAACGUCCUGCAUAUCCUCUCCAGCCUGCUCAGGAUUGUGGUGACCGCCUGUGUGCUUGGAGCCUACGUCCCUCUGGCCAAAAUGGACUGGGUAAUCGUGAAAUCCAUCCCGAGCCGUGAGACAAGGAUUAUAGCCAUCACCAUUGGGAUCCAGCUGAUCUCCUCAGCACUCUGCCACUGGUUCGCUGUUGCAGCCUGCAAGAUGCACGCCCUGCGACGAUGCUUCAUCCUGCCUUUGUACCUGGCCUCUCUGGCUGUUAUGGCUCUGCUUGUCGUCCCUGUCAUUGUUUACUAUCAGGAAUACAGAAUAAGUCUGAACGGGACAGCAAGCAUCAACUUCACAAGCUACUGUAGUGUGGUUGUGGAUGGAAGAAACCAAAGUCUGAAGGACAGUGUGUUCCCAAAUCUGGUUUUAGAUGUUACACACACUCUGUGCUUCCUGGACAUGUCCAAAAUAACUGACGUUGGCAUACUGACAGGUUCAGCAGUGUCCUGGUGGCUUGGGCUUGUGUUGGCCACUCUCCACCUGUGGUACCUCAAUGUGUAUCGCAUUCAGAGAACCCAAGACCUGUUUGUCAGGAGACUGUAUGAAGGAGCCUUUAUUGAGCAGUCCCUGCUACUCAACACCCGGUUUGACAUCCAGGCCAAGGGCAGGAAGAAGAAUUUGAAGGCACUUGAAACGGUGAUGGUGUACCUGUGUGCAACCAUGUGGCAUGAGACCUACGAUGAGAUGAUGAAUAUCAUUAUCUCAAUAUUCAGACUGGACAAGUACAGACCAAAGACAGACCCAAAGUACAAUGAUUUCACUUUUGAAGCCCAUAUCUACUUUGAUGAUGCAUUUGAACAUGUUGAAGGGAGUCAGGAGCGUCACCUCAACAAAUAUGCAAAGAAUCUUGUGGAAAUCAUUGCUGAAGUUUACAACAUUUUCACAAACAUCGAUAAGAAGUUAUUCAAACAGCAGCAGCAGUUCCCUGAUCAGAAGGUCAUAAGGACACCGUACGGAGGUCGUGUUGUCAUCACUAUGCCUCAUGGGAACAACAUUGUGGUCCACUUCAAGGACAAAGAACUCAUCCGCCACAAGAAGAGAUGGUCUCAGGUCAUGUACCUUUAUUAUCUUCUGGGCUGGAAACUCAUGACAAAAUAUUAUAGGCGCUGGAAGAUGGGAGGGGAAGAAAAAGAACUGGAAGCAGAGGUCCAGAAAGAGAAGCACAACACCUAUCUCCUGGCUUUGGACGGGGACACUGACUUCCAGCCGGCUGCUGUGAUGCUGCUCAUCGAUCGUCUGAAAAUGUACCCACGUGUCGGAGCAGCAUGUGGCAGGAUUCACCCCACUGGAUCAGGUCCUGCAGUGUGGUUCCAGAAGUUUGAGUACGCUAUCAGCCACUGGCUGCAGAAGACAGCAGAGCACGUGUUCGGCUGUGUGCUGUGCAGCCCUGGUUGCUUCAGUCUGUUUAGAGCAGCGGCGCUGAUGGACAACAACGUGAUGAAAAAAUACUCUACCAAGUCCAUGGAGGCGAGUCACUACAUCCAGUACGACCAAGGUGAGGACCGCUGGCUCUGCACUCUGCUGCUGAAGCAGGGAUGGAGGGUGGAGUACAAUGCAGCCUCUGAUGCCUACACCAACGCACCUGAAGACUUCAAAGAACUCUACAACCAGCGUCGGCGAUGGGGACCGUCCACAAUGGCCAAUGUGGUGGAUCUGCUGGGCUCCUCAAACAUUAUUUCCCAGAAGAACCCAUCCAUAUCCAAACCUUUCAUGUUCUACCAGCUCUUUUCCAUCAUCUCAGCCAUUCUGGCACCUGCCACCAUCUGCCUUUUGGUUGCAGGCAGUUUGGCCUUCAUCUUAAAUAUCCAUUCUGCUGCUGCUCUGGUCAUGUCUGUGAUUCCUCCUGCCAUCUACCUGGGUCUUUGCUUCAAGCUCAAGGCUGACACUCAGAUCACUAUUGCAGCAGUCCUGAGUGUCAUGUAUGCAUUCCUCAUGUUGGUGGUGACGAUGUCCAUUAUUGGCUCAAUGGUGAAGGACAAAACCAUCCUGACCCCCAGCAGCAUUUUUGUUAUCGCCAUGACCACCAUUUACAUCAUCACUGCCAUAAUGCAUCCUCAGGAAUUCCCUAUAGUGUUCUAUGGCGUUCUCUACAUUAUCUGCAUCCCCAGUGCCUACCUCCUGCUCACCAUCUACUCCAUGGUCAACAUGAACAACGUGUCCUGGGGCACCAGGGAGACAAAACCUGCUGCUGGGGCUGCCACACCUGCAGCUAAUACCCCACAAACAACGAAGCAGAAAGGUAGAUUUUAUUUCUGUGGCACACAGUGCAACACUAGACCGGUAUUAUUGUUUGUGCUGACUGAACUGGGGAUGAUUUUUAUUCUUGCAGCCAAAAGGACUUUCCAACGGUUCUUCUCGUGGGUUAAAUGUUGUAAUAAAUCCAACAGAAGGUCUGGCGAAAGCCAGCUCUGUGUAAACCAGGAGAACAUGAUCCCAGAACCUGCACAACCCGAACCUCAGCCCCAAAACACAAUUGUAGAAGACAUAGGGAUCCCAGAGGAAGAACAGAGGCAAGCACCACCUGUUUUCGACUGUCCUAGCCAAUGUUGGGUCACACAACUACAGGAGUCAUCCAACGACAUGCGACUGCAGGAGGACUCACUCGACCAGGAGGAGCAGGAGUUCUGGAUGGAGCUUCAGGGGAGGUACCUUAAACCUCUGCCUGAUGACAAAGAGAGACAAAAAAAGAUUGCCAGUGACCUGCGGGAGCUGAGGAACAAGAUCAACUUUGCCUUCUUCUUCCUCAAUGCCCUGUGGCUGGUCGCAACCUUCACCCUGCAGGUCUUCGAGGCUGUCCUCUCCAUUAAGAUCCCAAAGUUCAACUACAGCCUUGUGGAAACUGGAGAUAAAAUACAAAUUGAUCCCAUUGCUCUCAUGUUCAUUGUGGGAUUUGCUUUGUCAGUCAUAAUCCAGUUCUUGGCCAUGCUAUACCACAGAGUCUACACCCUGAUCCAUUAUGUGGCCUUUCUGGACACUGAGCCCAGAGAGCAAAAGACAUGAAAAACAAGACUCAUACCAACAAGGCAAAAAGGUUGAUCCUGUCUCCAGUACCACCUCCAUCUCCAGCUCCAGCACCCAGGCGACUCAGAAUUUGACAGUGAAGAUGAGUACUACUCAGACUUGUACUACAGACAAAAUGAUGGAGGGACACUGGUGUAAACACAGACUUAUGCACAAACAUAACUUUUUAGCACUUUGAAAUUUCCAUGUAUGUGAGGUUUUUACCAAAAAUGUCUUUUAUUGUAUGUCUGUUAUUUAUGCUAUGUUUACAUUCAUUCAAGUGCAAUUUAUUUCUAAAGUUGUAGUGAACCAUUUUGUCACAAAGUGCUUUGCUGAAAAACAAAGGACACAGAUUUAACCUGAAAAUGUAUUUUUAAAAAGUGGAAACAACUCAGGGGCAGAACAAGAACAAUACAACCUGUAAAAAUGUCAUUGUGUGUGUGAAUGUGUGUGUCGUGUGCAAAUGAAAGCACCGCACAAAAAAAAUCAGGUCAGUAAAUGUAAAGUAACAUUUUUAUUGCUACUGUAUUUAUGAAAUGUCUAUUAUGUUAUGUUACACUGUAAAUCUUGAGUUUGCUGCUUCUGUAUUUAAUGGACUAAUGUGAAGAGGAAUGAGUGAAGUUUAGAAAUGCUUUAGAUUAUGUGAAGAACAAUAGCACUGUCUGAGUCUACUGUGACAAACAAAUAUAUGAAGCUCUUUUAAUGGUGAAAAAAAGUCAGGGAAAUCUUUUAUGUUUGGUUCUAUGUUUGGCUUGAAUCCUGAAAAUCGGGAAGUCUAUAA